GAACGAGGUCCGCGCCUCCGCCUUACUCCGGCUCCCGAGCGCCGCGGCGCCGUAUCGCGCCGGCCUCCUUGCCCAGGUCGCCUUCGGCCCGGGGCAGCCUUCCCGGCGAGGGUGUGAGGGGGCGAGCCGACGUCGCCGGCCCGGGCGCGGGAGGCCCCUGAGAGCGGUGGGGAGGCGACGAGGGCGGCGAUUCCCUACACCCUCGUCCCCGCGCGGAUCGCACCUGGCGCUCCUGGGGCUACAAAAUGCAGGCCGACUCAACCCAAGAGGCAACGGUCUGUGUAUCGUUGUCCAGUGUAACCACACCUUGGUUUGGCUUCCUCUCCUCGAUCUGAGAGCCAGAGUGGAGGUGGAGUUUUCGUUCCCUUACUGCCCCCCAGGAGGCCCGGGUCCGAGCCAACGAUGCAGGGCCGCAGCUGCUGAAACUAGAGUGGAGGCUGCUAAAACGAUGCCCUCGUCCCGCUCCGGGGCGUCCGGGGAAAGAGAGCCGAGCCCGGCCCCGGGCGGCCUGCCUCCCUCGGCGAUGGAGCACCAAGCCUGCCGACCACACGUCUGCCCUUCGCCACACUAG